GAGAGGCAGCUUAUUAUUCCUUCCAGAGCGCCCCCUUUGGGCAUCCGUGGGAAACGUGCGAGAGAGUUGAUGUUCCAAAGAACUUUUCCAGAACUCCUUCGCUGGACAUCCUUCUCUGCCCGAGAGACCAUUUUAAUUCUACUUUAUCCUCUGCUUGUCCCCCAGAAGCCUCCUUGGAUUGGGGCCUUAAAGCGUGACUUCUCAAGUACCGCACUUUCUCCAAGUCUUUUUCUUUCUCUGCCUUUCCCUUAGAGAGAAGAACAUGGCCCUUUCGUCCUCUUGUCUUGGAGGAGACGGGCGUGCAAGCCUUUGUCGGUCCUGGGAAAUAACCCGUUGACGUCAGAGGUCUGGUGCAAAGAGGAACUCUCAGCAAGAGCAGCAUAAACCAAACUUGAUAGGGACUCAGAGGUCCAGAGAGCAAGCAGUUUCCGGGAAUUUUGCUAUCAGGAGGAUGAGAAGCCUUGAGCAUGCCUUCUGAGGGCUCAGUGUUGGCAGCUCCGUUUUGUUUUGAGUGAAGGCGUAUUUCGGAUUUUGUUCACCCGAGGCAGAGGCCUCUCCUCCGGAGGAACACCAAAGGGAAAGGAAGGAGGAUCUGCUUUUCCAGAUUUUGGAAAUAAGCUGGGAACACAUCCUAACUCAUAUUUUCUCUGUGAAGAAAUGGAGACGGCAUCUGUCCAGUCAGAGCAGGUUGCAGAGGUCCUUCAGGACCUGAUGGUGUAUUUCUCCAAGGAAGAGUGCGCUCUCCUGAAUCCGGGCCAGAGGGCUCUGCACAUGGAAGUCAUGGAGGAAACUUUGGUCAAUGUGGUGUCUCUGGGUAUUGGAAUGGCGCUGGGAACAUGCCCUCCCUCAUCUCUUCUAGCUGGAGGGGCCGAAACAGCUUCUACACAACCCGAUCUAGUUGGAACAAGUCGGUGGAUAGUCGUUCAGUGCUUUUCCCCCUCGGAAACACUUCAGAAUGUGAAGAGCGUGAUGAUGGCUUUUGAGGAUAUUGCUGUCCAUUUCGCAGAAGAGGAAUGGGCUCUGCUGGAUAAAGACCAAAAGGCUCUGCACCGAGAAGUCAUGGCAGAAAAUGUAGUCAGUCUGAUCUCUCUAGCUACUGGUACAAGAGAAAAGAGGAGCGAGGAAGAAGGUGGUAUAGACAUGGAUGAAAAGCAGAAAGAAGUCUUAAAAGGCAGUACAGCUCUGAGUGAUAGGAGAAGCCUUGGUUUCCAUCAGCAACUCCAUCCAGCAAAGAAAAUGUUGAAAUGUUUGCAAUGUGGAACGAGCUUCAGUCAGUGUCUGUCUCUUGUCUCCCACAUGAGAAUCCACACAGAGGAGAAACCCUUUCAAUGCCCGGAAUGUGGGAAGGACUUCAGUGAAAACACAGACCUUGCUUUCCAUUUAAGGCUUCACACAGGAGAGAAACCAUUUAAUUCUUUGGAACGCAGAAGGAGCUUCAGUCAGAGUUCAGACUUUGCUACCCAUAUAAGAACCCAUGCAGGGGAGAAACCCUAUCAGUGCAUGAAAUGUGGAAAGAGCUUCUGUCAGAGUAGAAAGCUCGAUUCCCAUAUGAGAAUCCACACAGGAGAGAAACCGUACAAGUGCUUAGAAUGUGGAAAGGGUUUCUGUCACAGUGGAAAUCUUGCUUCCCAUGUGAGAAUCCACACAGGAGAGAAACCUUUUAAAUGCUCGGAAUGUGGAAAAGGCUUCCGUCAGAGUGGAAAUCUUUCUUGCCACAUGAGAAUACACAGAGGAGAGGAGAGGUAUAUGUGCUUGGAAUGCGGAAAGAGUUUUAAUCAGAACUCAAACCUAGUCUCCCAUAUGAGAAUCCACACGGGGGACAAACCAUUUGAAUGCAUACAAUGUGGGAAGAGCUUCAGGCACAACUGUCAUCUUAGUUCACAUCAAAGAACGCACACAGGGGAGAAACCCUAUCAAUGCAUGGAAUGUGGAAAGAGCUUCAGUGUUAGCAGUAGCCUUCGUUCACAUCGACGAACUCACACGGGGGAGAAAAGUAUCCAGAAAGGGGAAAAGCCACAUGAAUGUCUGGAAUGUGGAAAGACCUUCUGUCAGAGUGAAAAGCUUGACUUCCAUAUGAGGAUCCAUGCAGGAGAGAAACAAUUUAAAUGCUCGGAAUGUGGGAAGGGCUUCCGUCACAGUGCAAAUCUUUCUUGCCAUAUGAGAAUACACAGAGGAGAGAAACCAUUUAUGUGCUUGGAAUGUGGAAAGAGUUUUAAUCAGAACUCAAACCUUGUUUCCCACAUGAGAAUACACACAGGGGACAAACCAUUUAAAUGUGUAGAAUGUGGGCAGAGCUUCAAGCACAAUAGCCACCUUAGUUCCCAUCAACGAACUCACACGGGGGAGAAACCCUAUCAAUGCACGGAAUGUGGGAAAAAAUUCAGCCACAACAGUGCCCUUCAUUCACAUCAAAGAACCCACACAGGGGAGAAACCAUAUCAGUGCAUGGAAUGUGGGAAAAGCUUUGUUCAGAGUGGCCACCUUAGUUCACAUGAAAGAACUCACACAGGGGAGAAACCCUAUAAAUGCCUGGAAUGUGGGAAGAGCUUCAGUCACAAGAGUCGCCUCAGUUCACAUCAAAAAACCCAUGUGAGAAGAAAAUCUGGCAAGGGCUUCCAUGAGUUCUCGACCCAUAAGAGGACUUGCCCUCUUAUCCCCUGGACUGUGGAGUCCUCUCAGCAGCCGCCUUGGCAACAUCUGGGGCAACCUGGAGAGGAACUUGCAAUCAAGCAAGAAAAGAGAGAACAGAAAAUAGGAAUGGCCAUGCAUGGCCUUCACAUGAAAGGACCGACGCAGGGGAGAAACCACGUAAAUGCAUUUCACCUCAAUAGACAUCAAAGAACACAUGCAGGGGAGAAAAUGUAUCCAUGUAUGGAAUGUGGAAAGAGCUUUAGUCAGAGUAGUGACCUUAGGAAACAUGAAAGAACUCACACUGGGGAGAAACCAUACAAAUGCAUGGAAUGUGGAAAGAGUUUUAGUCAGAGUGGGGUCCUAAAGUUACAUCAAAGAAUUCACACUGGAGAGAAACCACAUAAAUGCACGGAAUGUGGAAAGAGCUUUAGUCAGAGUGCUGUCCUUAGGACACAUGAAAGGACUCACACUGGGGAGAAACCACAUAAAUGCAUGGAAUGUGGAAAGAGCUUUAGUCAGAGUGGUGACCUUAGGAAACAUGAAAGGACUCACACUGGG